AUGUACGGUAACGUAGGUCUUUCUACACCUCGCGGAUCUGGAACAAAUGGUUAUGUAGUUCGUAACCUCUCUUUUAUCAGACCUCGCAAAGAUAUUCAAAUUGAAUCUUUAGAUGAAGCUAAAGCAAAUUCUUCUGCACUUGCUAAUCGUAAACCUAAUCAAGAAAUACUGGAUCAUGAAAAAAAGAGACAGGUUGAGUUAAAAUGUAUAUCUCUUCAACAGAAACUUGAGGAAGCUGGGAGAUCUGAAAAAGAAAUCGAAGAAGAAAUUGAUGCGUUUCGACAAUCAAUGCUCAAGUCCAUUGAUAUCGUUAAGGAUAACAAAAAUAUACAAGAAUAUCAGACUCAUCAUCUCUCUCAAGCUAAGCUUUCGGAGAAUGAAAAAAUGAUGAGAGCUUUAGGUAUUAAUUCAAAGGAUUAUGUUGAAGGCGCAGCUUUUGAUCGUGACUUACAGGAACAAAAGAAGCGUGAACGAAUUGCUCAACGAGACAAAGAAAUUGAACAACGUCAGAAAAAAUUAGAGGAG